GUUUCUCAACUCUCACCCAAUUGCAGAGAUUCCCAUCUUCAUGUGAGAUUUACACCGAGGCUGAGGCUUUAUCGAGAAUGAGCAUUUUGCAGAUUACUUCUUGCCAACCAAGCCUCUAUGUCAGAAGAACUUCUCAAUCUCUGCAUCUCUCGUCUAAGCCAUAUAUUUUACCAGUCCAUGCUACAAUUCCCCUUCGAAAUUCUUCCUUGACAAUCCAUAAUGCAUCAAAUCAACAACAGUGCAUACCCAUAUUGAAGAACCAGAAAUGCAGGGCUUCAUCUAUGUACCAACAUCCUUCACCUGUCUGCUUAUUAGGCGGCAAGGGAAAGAAUGGAAGUGAUGAUGAGGGCUCAUCAUGGAAAGCUCUUGAGAAUGCAACCGGUAAUCUAAAGGAGGAAUUAUCGAUAGAGAAUGUAUUACGGAAGCAGAUUGAAAAGAAAGAAUUCUACAAAGACAAAACCAGUGUAAAACGUGGCGGCGGCAAUCAUGGUGGUAUCCGCGGUGGUGGUGGCAAUGGGGGUGGUGGCAAUGGGGGCUCUAGUGGAUCAGAUGGCAGAGGCUUUGGUGGAAUCAUUAAUGAAACACUGCAAGUGAUUCUAGCAACUAUUGGGGUUGUUUUUCUGUAUGUUUACAUCAUCAGUGGCGAUGAGUGGACUCGUCUAGCAAAAGACUACGUCAAGUAUCUAUUUUCAGGAUCCGAGAGUGCUCGUUUGAAGCGUGCCAUGUACAAAUGGAGAAAGUUCUACCAGAAGCUGACCAAGAAGAAGUUGAAUGAUACGUUCAGGUUGGAGGAAGGCCAUAAUCAGCACCCUGACUUGGUGGGAUAGCCCUGUGAAGUACCGCCAUACUGUUCAAUCUUAUUUAGCAUCAAAUUCAGAUCAACAAUCGGGUCAUGUUAGUAUCGUUUUGCCCACCUUCCCUUGACAUUUUCCCUUUCCUUGUUGUCUUAAAGUCAUUUUUGAUUGUUGUCAAACUUCUUGGUUAGAUUGAGUCACUAUUGAUACAACUGUUGAUAACUUGGGUUUACAUUUCUUACAACAGCAAUAAAACGAGCUGCAAUGUCAAAAGAAAAUUGAGUUGCAGUAGCUGGAGUACAAGUUUAGAACUGUACGUCUUUUUCUUGUUCUGAGUAUGUGUUAAUACCAUAUGGAUAGUAUUGAUACAAAAACUUCAUAUAGAAUUUUACAGGUUUUAUCCCAGUUACAUUGGGUAGUCUGUUACAGGGUUUUCUAGCAGAAUGAAGAUCAUUUUUCAC